AUGGAAUCUGAGGAAGAACUACACUCCAGCAAGCCAUCCCCUCCUGUGGACGUUCAUGUCGACCCCAAGAAUCGUCGAGAUAUCACAUUGCACUUGGACAUGGAUGUGACUGAAGAUAUAGAAGAAGAGCUCGAACAGUUCUCGAAGUUAAGACGAAUCGGGCACUUCAAUGAGGCAAAAAGAUAUUUCGAGGAGCACCUCGAAAACUGCAUCGACAACGCAUACGUCUUGGACCAAUAUGGUCAAUUCUUAUUGGAGAUUUCAGACAUCCAUACGCUCACCAAAUUGGCAAGGGAGUACCCGCCAGGAAAUGUAGAGAAGGUCGCAUCUGCCAACUGGUUUCUUGUUUGCGAGCGAGCCCUUCAAUUGAAUGACGAUGUUUGUCCGCAAGAUAAAUUGCAACAGGCGCCAGACCUUCGGAAGUUGCUUACAAACUGGCCAAAACUGGACUCUACUGAAUUGCAAUGUCUCAUCAACGACCUGCGUGUUGUCAAACACGGGGAGCAUACCGCAGAAGAAUAUGGUGAGCUGUACGCACAUCUCCACCAUGAAGAUCGCAUUUGGGACUUCAGAGACCUGUGUUACGGGCUUCUGGCUACCAAGUCGCCAGAGGAAACGAUUCAUUGCCUUUUGAACAAAUAUUUGUCCUCGCAGAACCAGAACACAAAAGGGGCUAUUCAAGUUAUUCAACAGCACUGGGCAGGAGCUGCCGGAGAUGAAGUGACAUCCUUAGCUUUAUUGGAUAUCUUCACAGCGUUCGCCAUGUGGGCCCUGGCCCAAGCCAUCAAGCGGUAUGUCCAUGGAGAUUCAUUGGAGGACUCCGAUGAGUUUCGGGCCGCCAAAAUGUAUCUAAGGAUCUCCCACGACUACGCCACUGAAGUGCUGCGCCAGAACCCCCUUAAUCUGAAGUCUCGGCCCUACCUGCAAUGGGUUGCUACCAAAGUCCUAGUGGAGAAGAACACCGAUACAGCCUGCUGUGGGCAAGCUGCUCUUACGAAGUAUCUUUUCAAGCUGCGAGGGGGAACCCAGAUCAGGGCGGGUGCAUUUCGUGGACUUCUAGGCUUUUAUGACACUGUUGUCUACACGCCAAUCGAAGACGAGGCUCCGGAAUGGCAGCCGGAUGCUUCAGUCACCUUUUCAUACGGGCAGGAGAAGGCGCUCCUGAUGGUUGCAAGAAAUGCGAGAGACCUUGGCGAUGUCUUGUUGGAAGCUGCUUGCCUACAGCAGCUGGGAUACUCAUCACCGAAUCCUGGGGGAUAUUCGAUCGACUUGUGCAACUUAUGGCGCACCGUGGGGAAUCGGACGGCUCUAUUGAGGGCCUACCUUUAUCGUUACAUAUUGAAGCGAUCCCCAGACGGUAGCAAUGAUUUGCGGAGCGACCUUCUAGAGUUUGGAGAUGCUGAAUGUGACCCCAACCUACAGGAAGCCCGGUUCAUGAUUCUCCGGGCACUGUCAACUAGGUCAUACGAAAAGACGGUCUAUCUCAAAAGGGCACAAGAUCUGAAUGAUGAAACACAACAUAACCCGCAUGACGAAGAGACGCCUCCGCAGCAUCCACACGUCGAAAAAACACAUCCAGCUAAGAAAAACGCUCGACAAACCAGCAAUCACGCCAUAAAAAGCAGCAUUCACUACGGCAAUUCCCUCUCAUUUGAGCUUCUCUCCAGCGAUGAUGAAGACGCUGAUAACGAUAGCUCGUCGUCUGUGGGAAGCCAGAGGCAAAGCCUACGUACUGAACAACGUCCAAGAAGACUGAUAUCAGCAAACCUUUCCAACGAGGCUGAUCAAGCUGAAUUGAUGCCUCAGAAGCCUGCGACAAACAUCUUGCCCGCAAGGCGUGACUCUAUGGAGACGAGCAAGGACAUUGAGCAUAGAGAAAAGAGUGUUCUUGACCCUGAUAGUCGGCCCCUGAUGAACAGGUUCAGAUAUAGUGAGAGCAACAUCGACUCAGUGGACGAUCAAAACGAGAAACAACGCGAGGAAGAGAGAAAUGACAAUGCGGAUAUCGUUGGGAAUGAGGUCGAGAGUCUUCAUCUUCACGCCUCUGAUGAGGGGAACCCGGACGAUUUGUAA